CAAGAGUUCCCAGCAAUGGCUUCUCACUCUCACUCUCUACUGCUCUCUCGUCUUCUUCCUCCUCCCCAUUGCUUCUUCCUUCUUCUUCCAUGGCUUCUCAUUUCUCUCCCAAACCCAGUUCUCUCUCAGUGCCACCACACUCCCGUUAUCUUCUCUUUCGGCGAUUCCAACUCUGACACUGGCGGACUCGUCGCCGGGCUCGGCUUCCCAGUCAACUUCCCCAAUGGCCGUACCUUCUUCCGCAGAUCAACUGGCCGUCUCUCCGACGGACGCCUCAUCAUCGAUCUUCUCUGCCAGAGCUUGAGAGCAAAUUUUUUGAGCCCAUAUCUAGAUUCUGUGAAGUCCAACUUCACCAAUGGGGCCAAUUUUGCAAUUGUGGGGUCAUCUACUCUCCCUAAAUAUAUUCCUUUUGCUUUGAAUAUUCAAGUUAUGCAGUUUCUUCAUUUCAAGGCCAGCUCACUUGAUCCUAUGGUUGCAGGUCCAAGACAUUUGAUCAAUGAUGAAGGGUUCCGGAAUGCACUCUACCUGUUCGAUAUCGGGCAAAACGACCUUGCUGAUUCAUUCUCCAAAAACCUAUCAUAUGCACAAGUUGUGAAGAGAAUCCCAUUCAUACUUGCUGAAAUCAAGUCUGCCAUUCAGACUAUGUAUGAUCAAGGAGGCAGGAAAUUUUGGAUACACAACACUGGGCCAUUGGGUUGUCUCCCUCAGAAACUCUCAUUAGUACCUAAGAAACCGGGCGAUCUUGAUCCAUAUGGAUGUCUCUCUGCAUACAAUGAUGUUGCAAGAUUAUUCAAUGAAGGACUGCGCCACUUGUGCCAAGAGAUGAGAUCCCGAUUGAAGGAUUCUACCAUUGUGUACGUAGAUAUAUUUGCUAUCAAGUAUGAUCUCAUUGCCAACUCUACCAAACACGGUUUUUCAAGCCCAUUAAUGGCGUGUUGUGGCUAUGGUGGACCGCCAUACAACUACAACAUCAGGGUUACAUGUGGGCAGCCUGGGCACCAGGUCUGCAAAGAAGGGUCUCAAUUUGUAAGUUGGGAUGGAAUUCACUUUACUGAAGCUGCCAACACCAUUGUUGCUUCGAAAAUCCUUUCAAUGGACUACUCUACACCUCGUAUACCAUUUGAUUUCUUUUGCAACAGAUGAUCAGACCAUUUGGAGAGGUGUUUGCUUCUCUUGCUUGUAUGACAAAAGGGUCAUACCGGUCCAGAAUGCCCAGACUGGCUCAAGGUUAGAGGUUAUGUGCUCUAGGGAGUGAGGUUUUGUUGUGUUUCUUCACUGAAGCGGUAAUGCUUUCUGUAUUGUUGUAACUUGUAAGUACUUAUUGAUUGUUGCCUAAGAAGCCUGAUUUUGAUUGCUUAUAAAGUGGUUUAGAAGUUGUAUUAA